UACGAAAGCGAAAUCAUAGGACUCACAUGCUUUGGACAAGAGAAAGUGAACGAUCACAGCGAGAGAUAGGGUUGCUCAGAAGAGAGGGAGGCAGAGAAGCAGAGUGAGGUCAUUCAGAGCUGGAAAAGGGACUUCAGAACUGGACAGCUGUGAAGUACACUGGACCAGACUGGCCAGGAUUAUCUGAACAUGGAGAGUGAGAAAACAGAAACAGAGGAGAAGACAGAGGGGAAGUCAGAAGAUACAGAGGGAAAUGUUGAAGAAGCUAGCCAGGGGAUUUCUCAGCUGUGGGGUCUGGUGGUUGAGCUGCGCGAGGGGCUCCAGGCGGCACUGGGGGAGCUGUGCGAGCUGCGUCAAAAGGACCACGGUUUGGAAGAGAAGCUGCAGGCCCAUCAGACUGAUGUGGAUGAUAAGAUAAUGGGCCUCAAGAACACGCUCAACACAUUUAAGGAGGAGCUGAAUGUGGCGUUGUUCCACAUCAGGGACAUUUCCAGCAGACAAAGAGAUGUUCAGAAGAGGAUAGAACUGCUGCACUCAGAAAACAAAGAAAUGAUGUCAGUUCCACACAGCAGAAAGAGCUCCAAGGCUGAUGUGCUGACAGCAUCCAGUGAUGAACACAUCUGUGUGCCCAGCCAAUCAGAGCUCAGUGGUAUUCAGCACUUUUUCCCCAAUACGCAGAGCAGCGGGUCACCGCCGAGGAGCACCACGUCGACUCAGACCUCCACGUCUGAGCAGGACCAGCAAAGAUCUUGUCCUGAGACCAAUAGUCAGACUGAAAUAAAUAAAAGACAGAGAGCAGCCUUGGAGCUGCUGGAGUCUGAGAGAGUUUACGUGUCCCACCUUUCUCUGCUUCUGAAGGCAAACAUCUCCUUUAACGGAUCAGAAGCCCUCACUUCCAAAGACAAACGUCCAUUUCCCAGCUCUUUGAGGUUUCUGAUCCAGCAGCACCUUGAGCUACUUCAUACUCUUCAAGAACGUGUGCUCAAAUGCCAGUGGCAAGGCAUAAUGGGAGAUAUAUUCAUGAGGCUUACAAGUAAAGAGAGUGAUUUCUUGGAUUUUUAUGUGUCCUACCUGAAGGAGCUUCCAGACUGUCUGUCAGUUGUCAACAUGCUGGCCACCAGCUCCAUGAAGUCUUCGGCCUUGCUUGAGAGUGACAUAACAGGUGAUGAAUCCAAACCCUCCCUCUACACUCUGCUGCUUCAGCCAGUUCAGAGGAUCCCUGAGUACCUGCUGCUUUUACAGGGACUACUUAGGCAGACUGAUGCAGAGCAUCCAGACUACUAUCUGCUGCUGGUGUGCAUACAGCAGUUCAGGGCUUUUACUACACAGUACCACCUCCUCCUCCAGCACAAUCAGGAGCUUCUGCUGCUCAACCGCAAGGAGGUGAAGAGGUCUACCAUGAAACAGCUGUUAAAGACAGUAGAGAGUGGGAUUCAAGCCAGCAACACUGGCUCACCGUACCCUUGCAGCAGUGCAAUGCUGGAACAUGCCAACCAGGUGAGGCGCAGAAAGCAGUGUCUCCUGGAACAGAUUCAGUCGCACCGUUUCCAAGAUUGGGACCGAGACCAAGAAACUGAAACUCAUUGCUAUGAUGCAGAGUGGCCCUCCCGCCUCCCUUUCUUCAGCCAUGAACUGGACUCACGGAACCACAAACCAACAGGUCUUGGCAGCAUCCCAGAAAGUGAGCCCUCUGAGAGGUCAAUGUUGUGCCAGCAUCAUCUGCCUCCCAGACCUGCAGAGUUCCGCCAGGUUCAGCCGGGAUCUGCUCUGGCAGAUGCCCUCGGAGAGUUUCUCCUUCCUCCAGAUCCCCCUGGGCUGGAGAACCUCUAUGAAGAAGAUGGAGGCUCUUUCCAUGACACCUCUAUGUUGGACCGCUGUUCUUCUGCCUCUUCUGAUUCCUCCAUUGACAUUGCCUUUGUGAAGUGCCCAAAAGCCCCCCCAGCGUCACAUCACGGAAUAGCAACAAAUGUGUCGACUACCCGCGAUGUUUUUGGCAACAUAGGAAGCCAAGGGAAUGGUUAUAGCAAACUGCCUAACCGUGGUUGUGUCUCUCCAGACGAAGCUGUUCUUAUGCGUCGCAAUCAGCAUCGCCCCCUUCAGGCCAGCCAACGUAAGAGCAAGUCACUGAAUGGGCUGCAAAUGGAGAACACAGUGAGUGGUCUGGACAGUGGACCUCUAUCAGACCAUCUCCAAAGGGUGGGAUUGGGCAGCCAUGCCAAACUGGAGCGCCAGAGCAGUAAAGGCAGCAAAGGAAGUUCUACCCCCUCCCGUAAGGUCCAGACCCCCUUGGCGAACAGAGCGGACAGUGACAAGCAGAGCCCUGAUCUUCAUGGACUGCUCAGCAUAGACACAGGAAUCCAGUCAUGGGGCGAUGAGUCCAAGUGGAGGAGUGGGACGGAGGACAGUAACCACACCCCCUUCAGCGAGAGGAGUCGCAAAGACAAAGGAGGCUUUAGGAGCUCUUUCAAGAAACUGUUCAAGAAAAAAACUAGUGAUGAGAAAAAGGAGAAAGGAGGUGAGAAGACACCAGAAAGUCAAAAUAAUGGUGAAUAUGAGUCACCGGGGAAAAACCCCAAACUGGUCCAGCUGGAGAUGAACCGCGGCACAGCUGUAUGAGCACUGCUCUGCAAACAGGCACUGUGACACAUGAACAAAGAUGCUGUAUAAUACAUGCAUGUACAUCAUACAUAUAUACUAAUGAGAGAAAAUCGAGGCUGUUUUUCCUUUCUUUAAAACUUAUAGACGCUGUAUAAACACUGUACAGAUAUAAGCAACUGAUUUAUGUUUCAAUUACAAAAUCCUUCACACUGAGGGAAAUAUGAUGCGGUUAUACAGUAAACAUUGAGCUCUUUUGCUAAUAUUCAGUGUUAUUAUGUUAAGCUGUAGAGCGAAAGACUAGCAAAAAGACAGGCAGUAAACAACAUAAAUUAAACAGGACUCCAUGGUUAAAAACAAUAUAAUUUUGUGUCAGUUAACAUUAGAUGUGUGAUGAAUGGUGCCCCACACUGUAAAAAGUCUCACUCCAUUUCUUUCCUCUAUAACAUGUUCCUUUUUCUUUUCCACCCUGACAAAAACGUUGUAUCGCACAGUUUCACUCCAGCUCAUCUUACUUUCUUUCAGUCUUCUUAAUGAUUUUAAGCAAUACCCAGAAUUACAUUGUUGCAUAUACUCAGGAGAACAAAUACUAAGCAGGUAAAAUCUGUGUAUGUUUGUUCGUGAUUAAACAUUUUGCUGAAAGACAGUAAUGUACAUUUUUGUCAUUGUGAUGAUUAUUUCUAUGAAUUGUUUUGUGAAGAAAGACGAAUGUCAGAAUUUUGAAUAAAGGUCCAGACUGUA